AUGUCCAGGGAAGCCCCAUUAAAAGCAGAGAAGGAUUUCACAGAGACUUUGGACGAGCAGUUGCCUCAAAUUGAGCAAUUGUCAAAGUCAGACUACAAGUCUGCUGUCGAUAAGUUAUUGCUUUUGGAGAAACAAACAAGACAGGCUUCUGAUUUGGCUUCUUGCAAAAGAAUCAUGGUCAAUUUGGUUGACCUGUUGGCCUCGAAGAAAGACUGGUCUCUUCUCGACGAGCAGAUUCUGCUUCUCUCCAAAAAACAAGGACAACUUAAAGACUCCGUCAGAGUGAUGAUUCAGCAGGCAAUUUCCCAUCUCGACGAAAUCGAGGAUCUGGAUACAAAGAUUGCAACCAUAGAAACCAUCAGGACAGUGACAGAAAACAAGAUCUUUGUGGAGAUUGAAAGAGCCAGAGUGACAAGAAUAUACAGUGAUAUCUUGUUGGACAAGAAGAACGAUCUGGACAAGGCUUGUGAUGUUUUGUGCGAAUUACAAGUUGAAACGUACGGUUCGAUGGAACUCAGCGAGAAGAUAGAGUUCAUUUUGAGACAGAUGACAUUGAGUAACAAAAGAGGUGAUUUCCAGUUGUCGAAGGUGUUGUCAAGAAAGAUUUUGGUGAGAUCACUAGAGAAAUUCGCCGACCAAAAACUGGAGUAUUACAGACUUAUGAUCGAUAUUGCUUUGAGUGAAGACAACUAUAUUGACUUGGUCAAAUACCACUUGGCAAUUUAUGACAUACCUAAGAUUAAGGGAGACAAGGUAGAGUCUUUGAAGGCAUUGAAGCAGAUUGUGUACAACAGCGUUCUCUCGCCAUACUCCAAUUUGCAAAACGACUUGAUCUCUAGAGUGAAGAUUGACAAGAAUGUUGACAAGUUGCCUGCCGAGAAAGAAAUUGUUCAGCUGUUCACCACCGAGGAGCUGAUUGACUGGAAGCAAUUUGAAGGUCAAUUCAGUGAACACUUGUUUGAAAAUGAGCUGUUUGACCAGUCCACCGAAAAGGGCAAGCUUCAUUACAAAGACCUGCAAAAACGUGUGAUAGAGCACAACUUGCGGGUUGUUUCUAAAUACUAUUCCUCGAUCAGAUUAGGAAGACUUUGUGAGUUGCUACAACUGGAACAGAAGGAUGUCGAGCUAAACAUAAUCGAGCUUGUGAGUAACGGAGUGAUUUACGCAAAGAUCAACAGACCCUCGAAAGUUGUCAGUUUCAUUAAGGUGAAGAAUGAGAACGAGUAUUUGAAUGAGUGGAGUUCCAACAUUGAUCAGCUUCUUGGCAGCAUCGAGACCAUUGAGCAUCUUAUCAACAAGGAGGAAAUGAUGUAUGCUGCUAAAGUGAAAUAA